UAUGUUUCCUGACCAAAGGGUGUAUUAUUAUGUAUGAUGUGCAGUCUCCAAACAGCGCUUCCAUACUUGCGGGCACACACGACAGCCUUAGUACUGCGCAAGGCGCCCAGAGUACACUGACAGCCAUCAUGGAAGCAGAGUACUCCAGGCGGGUGUACCAGGGGGUGAGAGUGAAACACACGGUGAAAGACUUACUGGCUGAAAAGCGAUCGCGACAGACCACAGGCCCACGCUACAAUGGAAGCCCAACUCAGCAGUCCUUCAUGCCUAUGCAAGGUUCCCAUAUGCUGUCGGGCUACUACAGCAUGAGACGGCCGUUCCUCUCCCCCGACUCGGACUUCUGCCCCUCGGCUAAACAGUUCUCCGCGGACCUCUACUCCUCCUCGCUGGGGGGCAAAGCCCUCUCGUGUGACGGCGCGCCCAUGCCCACCCCGUACCCCUUCAUCGACAGCUACUACCCCGAGUCCUUUGGGGACUACCGCAAUACCGCGCUGGCCACUGGGGGGAGCUCCAUGUUCUCCUCCUCUGCCCUGUCCUCGCUGCUGCAGCCCUUUGGCACAGAGCAACUGCUAAUGAGGGACUCGUGGGAUGUGUCAGUGCCUGACCCUGUGCCCCAGGUGGAGGGCCUCUCUGCCGAAGCGCUUGCCUCUGAGCCCCUGGCAACCUCCAUGGGCAACACCACCACAACCACCAGUGACUCCGGGGCCUCCUCGCAGUGCCACUCCCCACCCCGCACCUCCGUCACCAGCCUACCUCCUCCACCACCAACCCCCCAGCAGCCGUACCCCCUCUACCCCCUGGAUGAGGCCCACUACCCCCACGCGGGGGGCAUCUACCAGCACCCGCCCUCCGCAUACCCCUGUGGCCCCUACAUGGCCUCGUCUGCUGACCUGGCCCCAAAAAUGACCCCUCUGUCCACGGAGGAGGUUGACGGUGGGGCUCCGGCGGGGCUGAGCGAUGGCUCCCACUGGGCCAAGGGGGACGUGAACGCCUCCUGGUCCUCCUAUGAGCUCCGCAGGACUUUUUAAGACUGAGAGAAGCAUGUGGACGGAGGAGUAAACAACGUAAAUACAUAGACCUGCCUGCCUAAGUCACCUGACACUUCAUGUACUGUAUAGAGUGACUCUGAGACACUGAGACAAUACUUGGAAAGGCCCAAAACUACAGCAGAUAAAAAGCACCAUACUUUUACGCGCCAGUGGUUAUUCAUUUGGCCUAAUUAAUAGAAUUCAUAAAAGCACCAGAGUCCUUCACUAGACAAGAAUAGAGUGCAGUAGAGACGGGAGACGUCGGCCAUGUUGGAUCUGCAGGGUCAACUGUCAAACUCCUGCUGUUUACUGUUUUGGAAGACACCAGUCAUCAUUAUGACACUGCAUGACAUUACUUUCCAUACAAGCUGGAAAUGUCAUUGUACAUAUGAGAUGCUUUCCUCUGGAGGUGGAUGAGUGAUUUUUGAAUUCAAUUGGGAAUGUUGUGUAAUUCUUUGACUUAAAACGGGAUAAUAAUAAUAAUAAUAAUAAUAAUAAUAAUAAUAAUAAUAAUGUGUAGUAAUUUUACAUCAGGUUUGUCCAGGUAAACAAACAUUAACUUUGAACAAACAAUAGGCCUACUUAUAUUGACGCUAUGAUAAUUUUGGUGUUUUGUACAUGGUGGAAAUGUUGUGACAGACAGGCACUGUAAAUGAAAUUACUUCUGCUACUAAUAAUGGUGUAAUAAUAUGAAUAUUGACUGCAGCACUUUGCUGAAAUAGGUAGGCCUAAGCUAUUAAUUGAUAGCUUGCAUGUAAUUUAUAUGCAUAAUGGUUUGAUUGUGAGGAUUAUAGGCCUAUUGCGCCCUCAUUUCAAGUCCACUCACUUUCACUUUGUUUAUUUUUUGUGUGACAUCGGAUGACAAACGUUUGAAUUUGAAAUGAACACCGUUUAAUAAAUACUGUAUGCUAUUAUAGAACCCUUCGGCAGGUGCACUUGCAGGAGUCAGACUCCUUGCACGAAAGGACACUAGAUGACGCUGUUGUAUCAAACCAACGCAUUUGGAAUGAUCUUUUGGCACCUGGUAUUAUCUGGUUGGGAGAAAUGGCAUUUCUUUCUUUUUGAUGUCCUACUGCUUUCUCGCAGCCACAGAGUGCUAUGGUAAUUUUCUAACUUUUAUAAUUAUUUGGCCAUACGUUUUUUGUAAUGCGUAGUUUAUGUAUUCCCAUUUUUGGUAGGUUAAUCAUGGCCUGCAGUCUAUUUUAUGAUCUGCGCAUUGGCAAACCAUACGGUUACAAAUCACACAAGCUGGAAGCUUUGUUGGCACGCGCGCAAGGCACAAGGCAUCAAAUAAUUCCUAACUCAGCAGUUGCUGCUUGAUUAUUUUUUUUUUUUUAGUUUUUAGGGUUUUUUGUUUCUUUGUUUUGUUAAUUAAGCCUUCGUGGAAGACCUCGGUGACCCCCAUGCAGCAUCACCUGUUGCGCUCCAAGACGACCGAGCGCAUCGUUGGACUUUAUAGAUCCUGGAUCUCAUACAUCUAAAAAAAACACACAAACUGUUCUACCCAUAUUGUUGAAGUUUGAGUGCGUGGAUGUGUGGUUUGUUAGAUGAACAAGGUGCAGGACCUUCCAUGCAUCCGCUUGAAAUCAAUAGGCAUAUCGUAUAAUAAAAGAAAUACACUUU